AUGGCUUCCACUCGCUCGCUCGGUCUCCACGAACCCUCCGCCGUCUCAUACUUGGUUACAGAGGGUAUAUUGCCUGCUGAACCGUCAGAUGACCUGUACCAAUGGACAACAUGUGUCGAUGAGAGCGGACUGACGGGUCCAGUGGACGAUGAGUUGGUUUGGACGAAACACUGCGCGGUAUGGUCUCGCGCGGGGAUGGUGAAGAGAGUAUUUCGAAUGGAUCCAGAGAAAGAGGAGAUUCGAUAUGCUCUAUUCACACAGUUUACGGCAAGUCAUGCUCGAAGGUCUGCAGGGAACGCGAGUUUCAAUCGAUCUCACACGACCGGCAUGGGAACAAAUACACGAGGAGGACAAUCGAAGCGACAUGGAAAGGACUCAACAGCUAGCAACCUAGGCUCAACCUUGGAUAUUCAUGGCGACUCUCAAGUAGCUGUGGUUGCUCACCAGCAGCCCCAUAUUAAACUAGAGAGAGCAUUAGUCGUGGUCCUCAAGUCGCAGGCCCAUAUCUUCUUCGUCACUGGAAAUAGCCACACCGUUCCUCUUCCAUUCGAGGUUGAGUCUGUUUUUGCAACUCCCCGUGGACUCCUGCUUCAAAGGAAAAUCCCAGAUGACAAUGCGGAUCGUCAACACCAACCGGCACCACCAAAUUCAUUUAUGACCACUUCGCUAUUCGACCCUGGCGCCUCGCAAACAGGCGCACUGCCUACCCCUACAAAAGACAAGGGACCAUUUUUAAAUUUCACUCUGCCAACCAGCUCUAAAUCGAUGCCAAAUUCCAUUCCAGGCACAGACCUUCCCCGGGUAUUCUCUCUCACUGAUCCCCAUUCAGAAAUGGGCCUAGUUGUCACCUCGCAGUCCUCUCGCUGGUUGCAAAGCAGCGUGAGUAGUGCCAGGAGAAGGCCUUCGGGGCUUGAUGUAUUGGACCCGGCCGACGAAAUUGUGUACAUCUCCCCAAACGAUGAGCUCUCGGGCUUGAAUCAAGUUCCAGCAAAUCCUUUGAUUCUGGUUGUCACGAUGAACGCAACUACUGGGCUCUAUACCGUUUGGACUGCUCGAUAUAGGGAUGACGAAACCAGUGCUUCAAUAAAAGAUAAGACUCGACGACAGACCGAAGGCGCUCGUUCUAAUAGACGAAGCUCACAUUUUGGUAUGACCCCUGGAGCCGCUACGCCCGCGGCACGUCCAAGGGAAAGCUUCGGUCCAUGGACUGAGAACUGGAACGCGCCCCAACCACCUGACUCCAAACAUGGUGGCGAAGAAGAUUUGGCUGCGCGAGUUGCACAGGAUUUUGGUGAUGUUGGGGUACCUCUGAAAACUUCUAGGAGAGUCAGCUCAUUGCUUGCACGGACUGACCUGGCCACUAGUCAGGACCGCAUCACAUUCUCGGACCUUGCAACGGGCAGUCAAACCAGCACCAUGCACCAUGGUGGGCUCAGGCAAUCUAUGGGAGCUGGUAGCAUGCGUGGGAGCUUUGGGUUCAAUCCUCGUGGAUCACUGCCCCCUGCAGCAGGAUCUGUCUAUAGCACCGCAGGCAGCUUUGUGGAUGCUCCGGUGGAUAGGCUGCUCGAAGAAAUCAACAAUGAUAUACUAUCUGAAGGGUUUGAGAACAUCGCUCUCCGUGAAUCUGCAUCAGGUCUACCCGAGGAGCUUUUACUUACUAAGGUGGAGAGUUUCUCUUCCAGAUUCUCCGCAAACUUCCAUACCUCAAUGCAGCAAGCAUCAUCACACCAUUUGAAGGUCUGCACAUUGUCUUCCUCCGACUUCGGAAGUACGCAGAACGGAAAUGCCACUUCAGUGGCAGUUUGUCUUGUGGACCAAGAUUCCCAAAAUAUGACCAUUGUCAACUUGCGGGCAGAACGUGUGGCAGUAUCAAAGAAUCGAAAAGUUGUGCCCGUGAGCUCCAAGAAGGCCAAGAACUCUGAGAGACGCCCAUUGCUGGUUCACGCAACCGGCAUUCAGCAUGUCCCCAAUGUUGAAGAUGUCUGUAGAGUCACUGACGGUGAGAUCUCGAGAAUACUCACGCUGAGCGUGUCCGACAGUGGACAGCGAGAAUUGUCCUUACAGAGCCUGUGGGGUAGCCCGACCAGAAUUGAUGUGCCAAUCCCAUUGCAACUGUAUGAACCCCAUGGAAUUUCUGCUAGCAAAUUCCUGGGUCGCUCGAGGGAGAGUGGCCUGAACCGGGUCAUGGCUAAUCCCGAUCUCAUAUUUCUGGAAUUCGAUCAUGCUUGUUCGAAAGGAAAGGUCGAUUUAGUCGAUACGGAGAAACGUCGACAUAGAAUUCAAAUCCGAAUGGAACCCCAUAAUGAUCUUGUCAAAAAGGUCCUCAAUGUCUGCAAGUUUGUUCUUCGUGAUGCGGAAAAGGCAGGUGAUGGGAUCUUAUUAGCCUGGUGGGAGGUAAUGAAGUGGCUUCGAGGCAAAGAGGAUAUUGAAAAUGACAUGGAGUGGACUGCUAUGGUCAUCGUCCUAUUUUCCUUGGCUAUACCAUUCAUCAAACAGCCACAAACUCCUGCCAAGCGAACACGUCGAAAGAAGGGUCUUCUCCGGUCGAGCAGCGGGACUUAUUUGGAUCUGGAAAGCUGGGAAUCUAUGCUUGACCUUGAAUCAUCAUCUUCUGGUGUUGUUGCCCCGUGGAUGACGAAUAGCUCUUGGGGAUGGAUCGUUGAGCAAGAUGCCAUUCAAGACCUGGCAGAUCCAUCGCGUACGCCAAAGAGUGAACAGCAUAGCGCAAGCCGGUCAACAUAUCGUCAGAAUUCUUAUCUGAACCGAUGUGCAUCACUAAGCCGGGAAUUCCUCCAAAGCCCACAAGGAGCUAGAGCAUCCGGCCGUGACGGCUACCUACCUAUUGCCGGCGUCUUUCCUGAAAAUACCAGGUGUACCGCACUCGGGACCAUACUCGUUGGUCUUCAUCUCCUUCGAGAGGAACAGAAACUAUCCACCUGCGACACGGAAGAAUCUCAACGUCCCCUUGGGCUCCUUGCCCCAGUCCUAGCGCAGCUUGGUGGUUGGCUAGGCUGGCGAUCUUGGAAAUGGACCGAGGAUGCUUACUUUGGCACUGAGAUGGCUAGCAUAGAACGCUGGCGAUUUGAAGACACUCAAAUCUAUUCGCUGAAUGUUCCUGCCGAGCCAUUUCCUCCCCCGUCGAUAUUUUCAUUCCUUAUUGACGCGGCGAAUCAAUCCGCCAGUCCAUUCCUCACUCUGCUUGACAUUGUCACUGCAUCAGAUCGGGUACCCAGAAAGGGCCGAAUGUGGCAAGAAUGCUUCAGCAUCACUCCUAGAACAUUGGCCUUGACUGGAUUCCUCUCUGACAUUCAUAAUGUUUCGACUCCCUUUGACAAAGUUAAACUCUUGCAUCGAUGGGGCUUGACAAAAGGCAUAAUUGACACGUUCCCCGAGGGUGUGAGUGCGCCAUUGUAUGAAGCUGUUAUGCAAUGCCAGAUCGAAGCCUCGACAUCGUGGAGUGCAAGUCUUCUAGAGCUGAUUGACCGGGAGGAUCUUUACAUGUCGAUGAAUCCAGUUCAUGCCCAUGCUUUUGCCGCACCUCAACAACCUGUGGUAUCUCAUGAUGCCCUAAGGGACUAUCAUUAUAUAAAUACAUCGGCUUUGGAGAUUGACGCUAUCAAUGCCUUUGAGGCCUCUGCAGAAGCUGAUCGCUUUUCAGUGACUCGCCUGGUCUUCCGGGAAGACAAACGCUUCUUAGAAGCAGCCCGUAUCCUGAAUCAGUCCAAAGCACCAGUGGCUGACUGUGUUCCCGAGCCUGAUUGGACAGAUUCUGAUCUUCUCGAGGCGCAGAAGGAACUGGUGCAGCUCGUCUCGUUCCGCACACUGUCUACUCCCGCAGGACGAGCCAUGCUUGCCUUCAGUGGUCGGCUACCAUUGUUGACAGAAAAGCUCCCAAUCCCGUCCUUCUCGCUGCAGUGUGUGAUGAAGCCAUCCAAUGUCACUGUUAGCGCCGAAAGAAGUGCGUUCACUGAGGAGAAAGUAUGCUGGGCAUUCUUCCAUAAUGGUGUGUCAACCGGCCUUGCAAUCUCCAAGGCCUCUAAGGGAAUCGAUACUUCAUGGAUCCUGUUCAACAAGCCCCAAGACCUGACAAACCGGCACGCUGGAUUCUUGCUAGCGCUCGGCUUGAAUGGCCAUCUCAAGUCCUUAGCCAAGUGGGUUGCGUUCAAGUACCUGACUCCCAAACAUACCAUGACAUCAAUUGGUCUUUUGCUCGGUCUUUCUGCAUCAUACAUGGGUACCAUGGAUACUCUGAUAACCCGACUGCUGUCCGUGCAUGUUACGAGAAUGUUGCCUGUUGGAGCGGCCGAGCUCAAUCUAUCACCUCUCACCCAAACCGCCGGCAUCAUGGGCAUUGGCCUGCUCUAUUGUGGCUCUCAGCACCGGCGCAUGAGCGAAGUUAUGCUGUCAGAAAUUGAGAAUGUUGAGCAGGAAGAACAAACCACCUCUCAAGAAGACUUGAGGGACGAAGGCUACCGUCUGGCCGCUGGAUUUGCACUAGGUCUCAUCAACUUGGGCAAGGGUAAAGACCUUAGGGGGAUGCGCGAUAUGCACAUUGUUGAGCGCCUGCUCGCAAUCGCCGUCGGGACUAAAAAUGUUGAUAUCGCACAUGUUCUGGAUCGCGCUACCGCAGGUGCGACGGUUGCACUGGCUGUUAUCUUCAUGAAAACCAAUGAUGCGGUUUUGGCUAAGAAGAUUGACAUCCCUGACACCACUGUGCGGUUUGACUACGUCCGGCCAGACCUCUUCCUAUUAAGAACACUGGCACGGCAUCUUAUCAUGUGGGACAGCAUCAAGCCCAAUGUCGAGUGGAUCAAGGAAAGCCUUCCAAGAGUUUACCGAAAACGAUCUCGUCUUACAGCCGUGGGUCAUCUUCGCAGCGAAGAUAUGCCUUUCUUCAACAUCAUCGCUGGUCUCUGUCUAGCUCUCGGGCUUCGGUUUGCUGGCUCUGGUGACACCCAGGCAAGAGAUCUGCUGUUGUAUUACCUGGAUCAGUUUAUUCGAAUUUCGCGGCUUCCAGCUAUGAGCUACGACUCCAAGCUUGCGCGUAACUCUGUUCGCAAUUGUCAAGAUGUGGUAUCACUGUCUGCUGCAGCCGUAAUGGCCGGCAGGGGCGACUUGGCUCUGUUCCGGCGCCUGCGUUCACUCCAUGGAAGAAUAGACGCUGAUACCCCGUAUGGCAGUCACAUGGCAGCUCAUAUGGCGAUAGGAACUUUGUUCCUUGGUGGAGGUAGUUACACACUCGGCACGUCCGACCUAGCCGUGGCCACGCUUCUCUGCUCCUUCUAUCCGAUUUUCCCAACGACCGUCCUUGAUAACAAAUGCCAUCUUCAAGCGUUUCGCCACCUCUGGGUUCUCGCCGCAGAGCCACGAUGCCUGAUUCCUCGAGAUCUCGAUACUCGACGCCCGAUCUCCAUCCCUAUCACAAUCACAUCUCACUCCGGCUCAACUAGUACCACCAACGCUCCCUGUAUCAUACCGGACCCCAGCGGGAUUACACGUAUCGAAAUCCGUGGCCCAGAUCACUGGCCACUUAUUCUGGACUUUAGCCAAGAUGAUGCUCUUCGAGAUAAAUUCCGUCGUGGUGACCCCUCAAUCUACCUGCGCCGCAAAGCCAAUUACAGCCCCUCCGACGCUUCGACUUCUGUCUUUGCAUCCACCCUCACUGGCUUAAGCGAAGCCCAAGACAUUCUCCCGGGAUCUGCAGUUGUCCCCUCAUCUAAUACGGGUAAGGGCCUGCCGCCCUCUAUCUUGCAUAAUCACACUGCUCUGAUUUCUGGCUGCAUGUCAGGAUCCACAACACCUGCCCAAAGCCCAUGGGAUUGGGUAUUCCACCUUCCCUCCCUCCAAGGUCUUGAUAUCCGUGAACGCUCUCUUGUCCUACCAUCUUCAUUCCCAGCACCUUCUCCUCGUAUCUCCACCCAGCUAGUCGCGUCUCCGCCUUGGCUCCGUACUUCUGCCGUCGACGCCCGUCUUGCCUUGUCACACACCGUGCGCAAUAUUGUACAAUCUGCGCGUGGUCGAGGUGCGGAUUCCGAUGAGGUCCGUGACCGCAUUUGGCAGCUUCAACUUCUGUUCGAUUGGCUUGAUCGUUCCCAGGGUGGUGAAGGAGAUACUCGGCCUGAUCACCUGCAAUCGCAGUUCCAGACACCAGUAUCAGGUCUGUGGCUAAGAAAAGAUUUUGUUGAAGAAGCCAGAUGGCAGGUCUGGGGUAUCCAGGUUGAGGACCAGGGUGUCAAUGCUGGUGGCUCGUCAUGA